AUGCUGAAGUUUAUAAAAUUUUGUUUCGUUUAUCUGGUUUUAACCAACGCUAAGAAGACCCGACGCACGAAUGAGAAAUGUCCCCUCCUUUUGUUUUUAUAUGGCUCCACAACGUAUGGUGCAAAAAGAUGGAAGAGCCAAAGUGGUGUAGGAAAAAUAACCCCAUUGCAUUUGAAGAAAAGGCUGGACCCAAACGACAAGUACACAGUGAUCAAAAGACAUGAAGCAAAAGUUCAGAGAAAUUUAAAGAGGAAGUACCUGAUUGAAAGAUACAAGGAAAAAAGACAGCUACUAAAAAAAUACAUAGCAGAAGCAUCCUCCCCUAUUGAAUAUGUGUACUGGAAGUACAAGUUGUCCUCCCUUCCCAGGGACUCCUGCCCUGCAGAGCUCGCGGAUAUUACUCCUUCUUCGGUCUGUGCAGACACCAAGCUCGUGCGCUCAUACAGAAAAUGUUCUUCCCUGGUUUUGUCAAGGCAUGUUGGUAGCAUUUUAAAACCUCUCCAGGGAUGA